AAUUAGGUGGUAGAAUUGAUUUUAGGAGCCGAAAGGGAAAAAAGAAGAAGAAAAGUAUUAGGGGAAUAGGCCCAAAGCUAGGAAAUGAAAAGAACAGGAAGCAAAGGCAUCUUGGUGGUGGGCAUGGAAAUGUCUUAUGUGAAGGAUCAAGCUGUAACACAGAAUAGAGGGACCCACAUACUCGUGCUUCUUCCACGUGACACCUUCAAAAUACCACCAAACCAGAUCUAAGCAAAUAUACUAAUUUUUUCAAACAACAUGUUCAGGAGUCAGGACAGAUUCUUAAUGUAUGUUCAUGUCAAUUAGAGGAAGAGAACAUGGAAGAAGAGACAAAAGUCAUUUCUGAAGUUUCAGUGACAAAGGUUGCUGAGGAUGAAGCAGCUCAUAAUGAUGAUAGCAUUAAGGAAAUGAAUGGAGACUCGCCGAAAGUAAUAACUGAAGGAAAGAAAGAAGAUGAAGAGAAUGCCUUUGAAGGAGAAUUCAUUAAAGUUGAGAAGGAAGAGAAUCCCUUGGAUGACAAGUCCCACAAAACUGAGAGAAGCUCGGAUCCUCCAGGCAGAGAAUUUCUAGAAGCGCAAGAGAAGACACGAGAACUUGAGGUUGAACUAGAAAGACUAGCAGAAUCUUUGAAGAGUUCUGAACAUGAAAAUGCUCAGCUGAAGGGAGAGAUCUCAGUUACAAAAGACAAAUUGGAGGAAAGUGGAAAAAAAUUCGAAGAGCUCGAACUGAGUCACAAGAAAUUGCAAGAGCAGAUCAUUGAAGCUGAGAGUAAAUAUAAUUUGCAGCUCAGCACUCUUGAAGAGGCACUGCAGAGUCAAGAAGUGAAGCAGAAGGAACUUCUUCAUGUGAAGGAAGAAUCCGAUAACUUAAACCUUGAGCUUGAAAGCACCAGGAAGAGGAUCGAGGAGUUGCAGCAUGAAUUGCAACUUUCUGCAGAUGAGGCACAGAAGUUUGAGGAGCUGCACAAGCAAAGUGGUUCACAUGCUGAAUCUGAGGGAAAGAAGGCCUUGGAACUUGAGAAGCUACUUGAAGAAGCAAAAUUGAGUGCAAGUGGAGUGGAAGAGGAGAUGGCUUCGUUGAAGGAAGAAUUGAAGGGAGUUUAUGAUAAGAUUGCGGAAAAUCAAAAGGUUGAAGAAGCACUUAAAACUACUGAAGCAGAACUCUCUACCAUCAAAGAGGAGUUGGAACUUUCAAAAUCUCAGCUAUUGGAAGUUGAGACAAGACUGUCUUCAAGGGACUCUUUAGUGGAUGAGUUGACACAGGAAUUGAACCUGAUAAAGACUUCAGAAACACAGCUAAAGGAAGACAUCUCAGCACUUCAAAAUCUGUUUGCCUCUACAAAGGAAGAAUUGCAGGAAAAAGAUUCUGAUUUGGAAACUUCAAGGCUCAAGUUGCAAGAGGAGGAAAAAUCGAGGGAGUCCAUUGAAGUUGCAUUCAAGAGUCAGGAAGCACAGUUUCUCAUCGUACAAGAGGAACUGACUAAAAUUAAGGUGGAAAAAGAAAGUCUUGAAGCCACUGUGGAAGAUCUAAACAGUAAUGUGAAACAGUUUAAGGAGUUGUGCACAGAUUUAGAGGAAAAGCUAAAGCUCUCUGAUGAGAGUUUCCAUAAAACAGAUUCUCUUUUAUCUGAGGCAAUUUCAAACAAUGCAGAGCUUGAGCAGAAGAUUAAGUCUUUGGAAGAUCUCCAUAAUGAAUCUGGAACUGCUGCAGCUACCGCUAAUCAAAGGAGUCUUGAGCUAGAGGAACAUGUUCAGGCUUCAAAUGCAGUUGCAGAAGAGGUAAAGUCUCAAAUGAGGGAGCUGGAAACCCGCUCCAUAGCAGCGGAGCAGAAGAAUGUCGAGCUUGAGCAAGAACUGAAGUUAGUGCAAUUGAAAAUCAAUGAUGCUGAGAGAGAAGUGACUGAAUUCUCUGAUAAAAUAUCUCAUCUCAAUGCUAAAUUGAAAGAGGCUGAGGAAGAGAAGAAUCUUCUUAAUCUACAACUUCAGGAGCACAUGGAAAAGGUAAUUCAACUUGAAUCUGAUGUGACUCAAUCAUCUACUCGCAGUUCACAAUUGGAGCAGGAGCUGAAGAUAGCCAAUGAAAAAUGUGCUGAGCAUGAAGACCGAUCGACUAUGAACCAUCAGCGUAGCUUAGAACUAGAAGAUUUAGUCCAGAGCUCUCAUUCCAAAUGGGAAGAUGCUGGAAAAAAAGUGAGUGAGUUGGAGUUGUUACUUAAAACUGAGCAAUACAGAAUUCAGGAGCUUGAACAACAAAUAAGCACACUAGAGAAGAGAUGCAGUGAUUCAGAAGCAGAUGCCAAUAAAAGCCUUGACAAUGUGUCUUAUUUGACAUCAGAACUUGAGGCGUCCCAAGCACGAGUCUCAAGCCUCGAAAUCACAUUGCAAGAAGCUAAUGAGAGGGAAAGGAAGUUAGAAGAUUCUUUUACUGCAGUGACAGAUGAAAAGAAAAUGUUCGAAGAUGCUUCUAACAGUUUGAGUGAGAAGUUUGCUGAGGCAGAAAACCUGUUGGCGAUAGUGAGGGAUGAUUUAAAUCUUACACAAGUUAAGUCCACAUCUUUGUUGAAUGAACUUCAAGAGAGUUUGAGCAAAGUGGCUUCUUUGGAAAGUGAAAAUGAAGAUUUUAAGAGGCAAAUUAGAGAAGCUGAGGAAAAGUGUUCUCAGUCUCUUGCUGAGAAUGAGUUAUUGGUUGAAACAAACAAUCAACUGAAAACCAAGAUUGAUGAACUUCAGGAAGCAUUGAACCUUGUUGUAUCAGAGAAGGAAGCCACUGCUCAAGAACUGGUGUCUCACAAGAACACUAUGGCUGAAUUAAAUGAUCUACAAUCGAGAUCCUCUGAAACGCUAAGCGCGAAUGAAGCUCGCAUCCUAGAAGUAGAAUCACAACUACAGGAGGCGUUGCAGAGGCAUGCGGAGAAGGAAGCAGAAGCCAAAGACUUGAAUGAGAAGUUGAAUGCCCUUGAAGGCCAAAUAAAGCUUCAUGAAGAACAGGCACGUGAAGCAGUUGCAGUUUCUGAAACUCAUAAAUCUGGGCUGGAGGAGAGUCUCCUAAAGUUAAAGCAUCUUGAAACGGUUGUUGAUGAACUGCAAAACAAGUUACUACACCAUGAAAAAGAAACUGCAGGACUAAAUGAGGAAAAUACAAAGCUUAAUCAGGAAAUAGCCAUCUAUGAAUCCAAAUUAAGCGAUUUACAGUCGAAGCUCUCUGCAGCACUUGUCGAGAAGGAUGAAACAGUUAAAGAAAUACUCACCUCGAAGGAUGCCAUUGAAGAAUUAGUGGCAAAGCAUAGUGCAGAAGCAGAGACAUUAAAGUCACAGAUAUCUUCAGCAACUGAAGAGAAGAACUUGCUCAAUGAGACUAAUCAGAAUUUAAAGAAAGAACUUCAGUCUCUGAUAUUUGACCUUGAAGAGAAGUUGAAGGAACAGCAGAAAAAUGAAGAGUCUCUUAGAUCUGAGGUCGAAACCCUCAAAAUUGAGAUUUCUGAGAAAUCUGUAUUGCAGAGCCGGUUGAAGGAAAUUGAAGAGCAACUGAUAAAAUCUGAAUCUAGAUUAAAUGAAGAGGUCGGAAAUGUUAAAGUUGCUGCUUCUCAAAGAGAAAUAGAAUUAAGUUCAAAAUUGGAAGACUAUGCUCAAAAAAUCAAUGAUAGAGAUGUGCUGAAUGGAAAGGUUGCAGAGCUUGAGAAAGAGUUACAACUUUCCCAGGCUACCAUUGCUAACCAGAAAGUAGCAGAAUCUCAGAAGUUGGAACUAGAAGCAUCCUUGAAGAAUUCUCUUGAAGAACUUGAAAUUAAGAAAAAUGAAAUCACUCUUUUGCAGAAACAAGUAACAGACUUAGAGCAGAAAUUGCAACUGACUAGUGAUAAAUUGUCAGUUAAGGGUGAGGUGGGUGUUGACCAAAAAGAUGGGUUGGAAGUCAAAUCCAGGGACAUUGGAUCAAGCAUCUCAUCUCCAUCAAAAAGGAAAAGCAAGAAAAAGUCAGAAGCAACAACUGCUCCAACACCAUCAUCAUCAUCAGAGACUCAUGUUCAAACUAGCCAAGCUUCCCCUGUCAUAAAUUUCAAGUUCAUAUUGGGAGUAGCUCUUGUGUCCAUUAUCUUUGGCAUCAUUCUUGGGAAGCGUUACUAGUAUCAGCAGCAUGAUUUUUUGGUUUUGUUAUUCAUCAUGUUUGGUUUUUCUAUUUUGUUUUUAUACCCUUUCUUGUUCACUAUAUUGAUAUAUAUCAGAUUUGAAAGCUUUCUUUUCCAUGCUUUCAAGUUCCAGUCCUCAGGUUGGUCGGGGAACUUGUUUUCAUUCCUUUCCCUUGCCUGUGUAAAGAAAUGGGGGUUGAUUAAUGUUUAAUUUGAGUUUGGGUUUUUGUUUGAGUGGGAAUUAUUUUUGCAUUGGAGCAAAUUUGUCUUCUCUAUUGGUGUUUUGGUGUGGAGGACAUGGGUUGCUUGAAAACUUGUACCUAAACAGCUGAACCAUUGUCUAGAGUGUAUAUUCUGUGUCUC